UCGGAUGUUUCAGUUGCUGGCAGCGUCUUUAACGUUAUGGUAACUAGACAUGCUUGUAUUUCUCGGUUCCGCCCACAUUUGUUGCAGACUGGAAUUUCAAGGCAAACACAUAUGUUGCAACAAUCAUGUUUUGUCUCUGAGCUGGCACACAACUCAUCCUUGAAGUGUUUGCGAUGUAAAAGUUUAUUAACUCUUGUUUAAUGGAGACGUGAUCAAGCAAACAGCGUAUAUUUAGACGUGUUUGUUCGUGAAGGCUUCAGGAGCCGACAGUCGUAUAUUGUAGAUACCCCUUGUGAGCCCCCUUGCAUUCUUCACACAUGCUGUUCGGCGAUUUCUGAUAAAUAUACCCCCACAGCUCUGCAGGAUAAGAAAGAUGCUACAUCAUAUGUAACCGUCUGUCGAGCGUCUUACAAUCAUUGGAGUAAUUACAGUGUAUUAAUAUCAAAGCUGAAGAGACGAACAAAAUAAUUUCUUUAUUAAGGAUCGCAUGCUGUAUUUUUACUGGAGCGUUUAAUGUUUUUACUCUCGAUCCUUGAGGCGAGUAACAAAAUCACGAAUAUCCGAUUAUUUUUCAUAACAAAGCUGGAAAAAUAAGUGAACGGAAAUGGCGCAGAUUGAACUCCCAAGAUUAACAGAAGGCUACCUGGGUCCCCAGUCCAAGUUCUACACAUACGGCCUGACGACUUUAUCCCACCCCGAACCCGUGAUUCAUUCGGAAACAAACCAGGUAGAAAUUGUCAUUGGAACGGCCGAGAAAACGAGAUUUACCACCAAGCUUUUAGGCGUGGAUCCAAAGGGGGAGUGUAACCAACAUGUGCUGACACAGGUCCAGGGGAGCGAGUACCAUUUCACUGUCGCUGUUCCUAGGACGGGCUUCUUUAAAUUUCAGAUCUACGCUCUGCCUAAUUCUGAAGCUGGACCAAAUAUGAUCAAUGUCUUUAACUACUUGUUAAAUGUUCAGAAAGUGGAUCAUUACGUGGAAGCCUUCCCGAAACAGUACCCCCUGUGGAAGCAAGAGGGCUGUUAUCUGCACGAACCGCUUAUGUUGAUGAAGGGAAUUAAGGAACCGACGGUAAAAUUCCGGUUCCUCGUGCCUAAGGCAAUAGACGUUCAACUGAAAGUGCACGAGGACUGGUUCAAGAUGGACCAAGUUGAGCCGGACAUUUACGAGACAUACGUUGACUUCAGUGCCGGUUAUCCCGGUGGUGCAAAAGUCAAACUCAACGUCAAAACUGGACGGAGCCACAAAUUCGACACUCUGCUGGAAUACACAAUUUGAUUUUAAAAAUGCUUCUUGAAAGUACUGUGAAUAUUUUCUGACUUGCGUUUAUGACUAUGCUUCUUGUAAUAUAACGGUGUUUGGUUGUGGAGAUGCAUAUAUUUUUGUGGUUUAUUUUAACUAUUUUUGUUUCUUUUCAAAAUAAAAAAAAUAAGAGUAAA